AAUAUAUGGCAUAAACCCUUCGCACGAGGCUGCCUCUCAAGGAGGCGUGCUUUGGAAAAUUUUGUUUUUUGGGGGGGGGAAUGCAUCCUGGCCCACUUUUAGAGCCCCGAGGCCCUCCCAAACCGAGACAUUUUCUGGCCCAGGAAGACCGACCAAGUUCUAUCCCUCACCUCCCCCCCCCACACACACACUUUUUUUUUCCCGGUCGCCUUGCCCGAGCUGUCCCCGCCUUCCGGCGUCCCUCCUUCCGCGCCCUCCCAUCCUCCCCAGUCCCCGAGUUUACAUGGUACGUUCCGCACGUGAGCCGGGUGCUGGUCUGGCUGGCGACGCGCGUGCCUUGUGGCCAAACAACUGAGCAGGGAGCGCAGUCUAGCAGCGCCCGUGUGUGUGUGUGCGUGCGCGCGAGUGGGGUGACGCGCAUGAGUGGCGAGAGCGAGAGCGAGAGCGAGGAGGAGAGGCAAACGCAGAAAGGGAGCGAGCAGAGGCAGAAAGUGCUUCCGCGCUCCCUCCUUUCUUUCUCCCACCCACCCCCUCACCCUCUCCUACAACUGCACGCAAGAAAAAGACCGGGCUGUAUGUGCCACUGGUGUGCCCAAAGCUCUUCAAAGUCGGCAUCAUCCCACCGCGUCCGUCAAAAAGGGCAACCACAACAAAAAAAGCCGCGGCCAGACAUGGAUGAAGGGAUCCCUCUCUUGCAAGAAAGACAGUUACGGGAACAUAGGGACUUCAUAGGACUGGAUUAUCCAUCCCUAUAUAUGUGCAAGCCCAAAAGAGGCAUGAAGAGGGACGAGAGCAAGGAAACAUACAAGCUGCCGCAUAGGUUGAUAGAGAAGAAAAGGCGAGACAGGAUUAAUGAAUGCAUUGCUCAGCUGAAAGACUUGUUACCUGAGCAUUUGAAACUGACAACACUAGGGCAUUUGGAGAAAGCAGUAGUUUUGGAAUUAACUUUGAAACACUUAAAAGCUUUAACAGCCUUAACAGAACAACAACAUCAGAAGAUAAUUGCUUUACAGAAUGGAGAAAGAUCUUUGAAGUCUCCUCUUCAGUCUGACUUGGAUGCUUUUCAUUCAGGAUUCCAAACAUGCACCAAAGAAGUCUUGCAAUACCUCUCCAGAUUUGAAAGCUGGACUCCCAGGGAGCAGCGAUGCACCCAGCUCAUUAACCAUCUGCACUCAGUUUGCACACGGUUCCUCCCCAGCGCCCAACUCUUGACUCCAAAGGUUUGUGGGAGCAAAGGACCCUCAUCCACCUCCUCCUUGUCCCCCUCCACUUCUUUUUCCUGUGUGCAGCAAGAUCACUCUGUCCCAAAGCUGGAAAGCCAGCCAAACUGUGUGCCAGUCAUCCAGAGGACUCAGAAUACAAAUAGCAGUAAUAAUAAUAAUAAUCUUAAUGUCCAUCAUGCCAGCAGUAGUGUGGAACUUGGUGGGGAGAAUGACACAGACACGGACAGUGGCUAUGGCGGGGAAUGUGAGGGGAGACCAGAAGGUGAAAAAAGCCAAAGCAAUAAUGUCAUGAUGAUCAAGCGGGAGCCCUCUGGGGACGAAGCCCCACCUCUUAACAAAAGGUUGAAGCUGGAUUGCAGCAGCAGCAGCAGCAGCCCUUCUGCGGUGCUGAGCCCUGAUCAAGCAGUGGCCGCAGCAGCCCUCCUCAGACCAGACCCGUCCUUGCUCAGCUCCCUGAUGGCUUUUGGAGGCUUAGGCGCAGGGGGAAGUGGAGGAGGGGGAUCUCCCUUUGGCCAACAACCUGCUGCUCCUUUUUGUCUGCCUUUCUACUUCAUCUCCCCCUCUGCUGCUGCCACUGCCUACAUGCAACCUUUCCUGGACAAGAGCAACAUGGAAAAAUAUCUCUACCCAGCCGCUGCCGCCGCUGCCCCCAUUCCAUUAAUCUACCCAGGGAUUCCAGCUCAGGCUGCGGCGGCGGCGGCUGCAGCUGCGGCAGCGGCUGCCUUUCCCUGCCUCUCCUCUGUGUUGGCUCCAGCCGAGAAAGCUAAUUCAGCUUCAGCAACCUCCUCCUCCUCCACCUCAGUCCUCCUCCCUCCCGAUGUGGCGCCUUCUUCUCCAGCCCAGCACCUUCCUCCUCCGUUUUCCUGUAGCCCAGCUGGGCUCAACCUGGACACAGAUCUCCCUUCCCAAGAACAGUCCUUGCAGUCCAGAGAGGAGAAUCCUUCUGAGAACGCUAUAUAACACGGGCAGCAGUGUUUUCAGCGAAGAAUGUCACGGUUUAUGCUCCCUGCUUAACAGGACAAGAAUGAUAAGCAAGCCUCUCUCUCUUCUAACAGAAACCUUAAUAGGCUGACUAUUUAUUGACUCUUUUAUUAAAAAAAAUUGGGCUCUCAA